ACACCUCAGAGCGCAUCGCCGCGGCCUGAGCCGACAGAAACAACCAUUGCGUCAUAUUUUCGCGCCGCACGCCAUACAUCCGUGGAGGGCAUCGAGCAUGGGACACCUUGGCGACUUUUUCCUCCUGCUUCCCGUGUUGAUAUGUCAUUAUAAUUGGGGUACUUCAGGCCACUCUCUGCCGGCCUGCAGCGACGAGCUGCAGUUCCAGUGCGCCGGCGGUCAGUGUAUCUCAAAUCUCAGGGUGUGUGACGGCCAGAGAGACUGUGAGGAUGGAUCAGAUGAGCUCCAGUGUUUGGCUCCGGCAUGCAGGGGGUUUACAUGUGAGGAUGGCGGCUGCGUAGCCAGGAGCUCGCUCUGCGAUGGUGCCCUGGACUGUCUGGACGGCACCGACGAGUCAAAUGAAAGCUGCGGUGUCCUGUGGUGUAAGAAGGAUGAAUUUUCCUGCCACACCAGACGGUGCAUAUCUCUGCGGUUCCGCUGUGACGGCAAAGACGACUGCGGCGACGGCAGUGAUGAGCUCUCCUGUCAGAACUGCAGCGCCGGCUCAUUCUCCUGCGGGCCGUCCGCUGCCUGCUUGCCCAUGAGCAAGCUGUGCGAUGGGCGGACGGACUGCCCGGAUGGGCGGGACGAGGGUGGAGAUCUGUGUCAAAUGGCCCAGCCCCGGACUCCCCCCGCAUGCACCGUGUCUGAGUUCCAGUGUGGCGAUGGACACUGCGUUCCCCAAACCUGGAGGUGUGACCACUCGCCCGACUGCUCUGACGGCAGCGAUGAGGACAACUGUGAGCAGAACGAGUGUCUGGUGAACAACGGAGGCUGCUCCCACCUGUGUGUGGACCAGCCACUGGGGUUCCUGUGCGACUGCCCCAGCAACAUGAGGCUGGUCAUGGACUCUCAAUGUGAGGAAAUCGACACAUGCCUUGAGAGUGACGUGUGUGAUCAGCUCUGUGUGCACCACAGCGGCAGGCUGACCUGCAGCUGCCACGAGGGCUACCAGAUGAGCCCGACCUCCAGGGAGUGCAAGGCCAAAGGAGCUGUGGCCCAGCUGGUUUUCAGCAGCGCUGAAGGCGUGCGGUGGAUCAGCAUCACCGGCACUGAGUACAGGGAACUUGCCACACGUUUACCAGGACCAGGGCCUGUGGCCGCCUGGGCUGCCAACCGCACACUGUACUGGGCUGGCCAAGGACAAGGCUCCAUAUAUAGGGUCUCUUUGGAUGGGAAGCCCCAGGAGCCUGUGUUGGUGCUGAAAGGUCAAGGCUCAGUGUCAGGCCUGGCAGUGGACUGGAUCCACCAUCUUCUCUACUGGACUGAUGAGGAGAGCGGCUCCGUCAACAUGGGCCGGCUGAGCGGCUUGGCACAGUGGCCCCUCAUCAGAGGACUGGACAAGCCCACUGCGGUGGCUGUGGAUCCCCUGCAGGGACUUCUCUUCUGGGCAGAGAGUGGCAGCUCCCCAAAGAUCGAGAGGGCAGGCUUGGACGGCCAGGACAGGAUGGCACUGGUCACAACCUCAAUACGCAGGCCCACUGCCAUCUCUCUGGAUGUGCCUCGUCGGCUACUGUACUGGGCUGACCAGGGGAUGCGGACUAUCUCCAGAGUUAGUUUGGAGGGCCGUCACAGGAAAACAGUGGUGGAGUCCAACGGCUAUCUGGACCGGCCCUUUGGACUGGCUGUAUUUGAGGGUUUUGUAUACUGGAGUGAAGAAGUCACCCACUCAAUCUGCCGUGCCGACAAGCACAACGGCAGCCACUUCCAAGUCCUGCUGAGUGACAUCGCCUCUCCGGGUGGCCUGGUGCCUGUUCACCCCGUUCUUCAACCAAAUGGGCCGGCUGUAUGUGGAGGUAGCGGGAAGGUGUGCCAGCAUGAAUGCAUCCUUAUCUUUGGAUCUGAGACACCGCGGUUUACCUGUACGUCCACAGAAACAGGACAGACCAGUGCCGGUGAGCUUCCUUCUAUAUCGCGCACAGUUCCUGGAGUGACUUUAUCUGACCCGACUUUUGCUGGAAUCCUAUCUCUCAUUGUGUUCCUCAGUGUGCUGCUGCUGGGCAUGGCUCUGUGGUGGUGGAGAGAUGUGUUCAGGCCCUCCAGGACCCACACCCUGCAGAGCUUCUUCCUCAAAGAGUCCCAGGACCCGCUCAUCCAGGGGCCAGCCAUGGCUCCUCAGACGUGUCCUGUCAAGGACACACUGCUUAAGCUGGACUUGGACCGUGAAUGAAGAAGUGUGACACAGAUGGUCAGCUGGUUAUGCCAAGCCUGGUGCUGCUACCCCCCCCCCCUCCUCCCUCCAGCCUGCCCCGCCCUGCCACCUCCACAGGGCUGACACAAUGGCAGGGCUGACAUAUCACCUGAUCCCAAUUAUAUUUAAUUGUGGUUGGAAUCACUCCAGGAAUAACAAAGUAUUAAAUUUCUGGGUACAUUUACGGGAAAGUGUGUGGCAUAUGUUACAAUAGUUUGUUUGGUAUGUUCAUUUCCUUGUUUUACAGUAAUGAAGUUAGAGAACAUUGCUGUCAGCCCUGGUGGCUCGAUUAGAUUUACUUCUAUGUUGUUGGUAAUGAACAUUGUCCAGUUUCAUUCUGCAACGUAUCUCGUUUUGAACAUUACUUCACCCUGUUUCCUGUCAUUGUACCCAUCAUGUCACCUGUUGUGUCACGCAUUUUGAUGCAUUCAGAUUUUUUAUUUUAUUGUUGUAUGCACUUAAUCUACAACUCUCUGAAGGUUGGAGCUAAUUCUAAUUCCCAGAAUUUUAUCUUUGUAAUAUUGUGAUUGGUCUUUUUCCCCCUUCACAAAACAGUCAUUUCAUGAAAUAGUUCAGGUUAUUUUUGGAACCCCCCCAGCAACAGAGCUAUUUUUUUUAGCUUGUAGAAUUAUGUUUAGAAAGAUGCAUUACUGCAUGUAUGCUGCCUGUUGCUAAAUUGGCCAAUCUAGAGUCUGGUCUGGGGUCACAUGGUCAGCAGGUGAGCUAUUCGUAACAGAUGCUCAGAUAGAGACAAAACUGUUGAAGCUUCAUACCUUCAAGUUACAGUGUCUUUUGUGAGCUGUGCAAAUUCAGUGUGAAGUGGAUGUUUGAACCUCAGCUGAGGAGCAGGACACUAACAUUGCCAUGGUUAAGGCUUUGAUUUUUCACUGUAGCCAUCCAGGUUAAGAAUGUAUGCAUUAUGGUAAUAUGAGGUAGUUUAAAAUCAUCCAUCAAAUGAUUGAUGCUAUGGUAUGGAUGCUGCUGUUGUUAGUACGGCUUUGUACUGAGCACUUAGUGAAUUUGCUGCUGCUCCUCUGCUGGAUCCCCAACAGCAAGCACGCUUUUGUUCAAAUCAAAUUUUUACUCUCUUUUCACUUGCUGGAACUUAGGAAUAAUAUGUCCCAAGUUGCUAAAGAGACAUUUGCAUAAUUUGUCUAUACUAUUUGAUGUUGAAGAAAGAGGUACUUUGAGUACUAAUGCCAGAUGAUGGUGAAAGAGGAAUGCAGGAGGGCAGGCAUCCUCAAUGACUUCUGUGGAAUAGUAAGCAGCAAGCGGUUUGUCUGGUUCCAUAUCUGGCAGUCAGGUUUUGUUAAGUGUUAUCGCUACAAUGGAAAGCGUGGUUUAUGGUGUAGAAUUGCCAUAAGGAUGCUUUGUUGAAUUUUUACUGAGAAAACACAGUUGUUGUUUUGAAUGAUUGGAUGACGUGCCUUCACUGACAAGGAAAACUCUGCCUUUGUGCUUUAUUACUGUAGGUUUUGUGUACAUAGUUUGAUUUCAGUCUUUCUUUUGUCCAGAUAUUCAAGAGAUAUAUGGUGUACUGAAGCAGCAUCAUUUGUGGAGUAUUUAUUUCUGAAGAGGGGUUUUAUUUAUUUUUGGGUACGAUUACGGUUAUUACAGCCCUGAGUGCUGGGGAAAAAACUCUUGAACCUGUACACAUUGUCACUGAUGCUUCAUGAAAAUGAAUAAAGUAAAAUUUUAUGUUUCCAAAGCUCUA